CGCGGCUGGAGUGGAGGCGGCGCGUGUGAGUUGCCAAGAGUCGCCAGAACACCUCAAACUCUGGGCGGGAGCGCUUCAGGUGGGCUGAGCCGCCGUCGCCACUCCGCACCGCCCUACCCCCCCCCAGGCCCAGACUGCAAGGCUGGGGUCUCCCAGGUGCGGGACUGGCACUUGGCAGGCUGAGCCCUCUGAGCCGUGCUCUAGGCCUUCCUCAGUCUCGGGCCCCCUUCAAACUCAAGGCGGAGGCCGGAGAACGGUGAUCACCCCAAGACACCGUCAUUUUCUUGGCGCCCAAGUUGUGUCGGGGUUGUAGCGGCUGCGAGCCCCUUUCUGCUGCCAUUUCUCCAGCUAGGGAGCGACUAGUGCGUUCUCACUGUCUAGCUCUGCACCUCCCCCUCUUCUCCCAUUCAAGAACAAGUUUCUUUUCGCUCUCUACUGGAAGUCCUGCCCCGGAAGGCCAAAACACCCAUCUGUGUGUCCUUCCUCAGCUCCUGGAGCACACUUAGAAAUAUUACAUACCUAUCGGAAGAUAAAGGUUGCUCCCCUUGCCACCCUCUUAUCUGAGACUCCAUGCCCAGAGCCUUAUCCAUUUUUAUCACCAGCUCCCUGGCCAUCUCUAUGUGACAUCCCCCACCCAUCUGAGUUCCACUUUCCUCUGGGCUCCAAUCUCUAGCCCCCAGUGGAUCUGGUCAGUCCCACCCCUGGGUGGGAGUGACCCAGGGCUCUGGCCCAAAUUCCCCACCCUGGAAGGCAGCUCCAAGGUAGCGAGAGAAUUGGGCAUCGGGUACGAACCUGGCAGCUCAGGAGUGGGUGCACCACUCACCCCACACAAAAAGAUGAAGAAGCGCAAAGAGCUUAAUGCAUUGAUCGGCUUGGCUGGGGACAGUCGGAGAAAGAAGUCCAAGAAAGGCUCAGGCCACCGCCUCCUUCGCACUGAGCCUCCUGACUCAGACUCUGAAUCCAGCUCUGAGGAGGAAGAGGAAUUCGGUUUAGUUGAAAAUCGCUCUCGUUUCAUCAAGGGAGACUAUUUACGAUGCUGCAAGAUCUGUUAUCCCCUCUGUGCUUUUGUCAUCCUUGCCGCCUGUGUUGUGGCCUGCGUUGGCUUGGUGUGGAUGCAAGUUGCCCUGAAGGAGGACCUGGAUGCCCUCAAGGAAAAAUUUAGAACAAUGGAAUCUAAUCAGAAAAGUUCAUUCCAAGAAAUUCCCAAACUUAAUGAAGAACUACUCAGCGAACAAAAACAACUCGAGAAGAUUGAAUCUGGGGAGCUGGGCUUGAACAAAGUCUGGAUAAACAUCACAGAAAUGAAUAAGCAGAUUUCUCUGUUGACUUCUGCAGUAAACCACCUCAAAGCCAACGUUAAGUCAGCUGCAGACUUAAUUAGUCUGCCUGCCACUGUAGAGGGACUUCAGAAGAGUGUAGCUACCAUUGGCAACACUUUAAACAGCGUCCAUCUUGCUGUGGAGGCAAUACAGAAGACUGUGGAUGAACACAAGAAAACCAUUGAGUCACUGCAGAGUGACAUGAAUUGGCACUUCUUGAAAGAGACCAGUGGAAGCAACCAGAUCAUUCCAUCACCUUCAGCCACAUCAGAUUUUGACAAUAAAACCCACAGUGAGAAUUUGAAACAGGAUAUCCUGUACCUUCACAACUCUUUAGAGGAGGUAAACAGUGCCCUAGUGGGGUACCAGAGACAGAAUGAUCUUAAACUCGAGGGGAUGAAUGAGACAGUCAGUAACCUUACCCAGAGAGUCAACUUGAUAGAAACAGAUCUGGUUGCUGUGAGCAAGGUAGAAAAGCAAGUGAACCUGUCCCUCAGCAUGGUAAGCCUUUUUGGAUCUUUUGAAAGCCAUUUAAAACAGACCAGUCUAGACCAGCUCCUCAACUUGAGAGAUCAUUGAAAGAUUGAAUCAGAUAAGAAAGAAGAUAGUUCAGAUUCUCAAGUAUCCAAGCUAAGAGAGAAACUGCAGCUGAUCAGUGCUCUCACAAACAAACCUGAGAGCAACAGGCCUCCAGACACCACUGACAAAGAGCAAGUACAGAGUUUCACAUCAAAGCCGUCGGCAUUGCCAAAAUUUCCACAGUCUCUUGGAGAUCAAACUGAGAAAGCUGUGCAGCUGAGACCUAUUGCCCUACCAGGAAUUUCUAGCAUCAAAGAUCUUCAGGAUUUAUUCCACAAGACUGGCCAGGACAUGGAUGGGAAACUGACCUACCAGGAAAUCUGGAACUCCUUAGGUUCUGCUGUGCCAGAACUAGAGACUUUGAGAGCAUUUGAUUCUGAUGGCGAUGGAAGAUACUCUUUCCUGGAGCUAAGGGUAGCUUUAGGUGUCUAGCCUCAUCAGGCAUAUUUUAGAAAUGGGUACAUACCCAGGACUACCUAAUAUCUACUCACCUAACACAAACAGCCCAUCGAUCCUCCAGUCCUCCAAACUACUGUAGCGGACACAUUGCCACCUUUUAACUUGUUUGAAAAAGCUAUAAAGAAAAGUUAUUUUUUUAAAAAAGAAGGCCAUUUUACCUAUAUGAUAUUCAGAAAUCUAUGAUUUCCUAAAACCAAUAAGAUCUUAAUUUCAAAAUUGCCAGGAAAAAAGUCAAGCCCUCUUUUUUUUUCUCUUUCCUUUUUUUUUAGGAAAGGAAACCUUAUCUUUUAAAACUGGAAAAUGUGUAUAUAGAGAGAAUAAGCCACCUUUUAUAUUUCACAUAAAUUUGCCUUAAAUUAGCUGCACUUUAUACAGACUCAGAAAAUGUCUUUCUUUUAAAAGCUAGACCUUUUCUGUUUGUAAAUAUUUAAAAUGAAAGAAUUGUGCAUAUUUUGUGGGAAGUCGGAAGAAUGGUUUGAAACAGGCUGUGAACAAAUGACUUGUUAUUAAAAAUCGCUAAUGUUGGUAACAGCUGAAACUAUGUCCAUGUCUCCUUAAGGCACCGCCUUCAGGUGCUGCUGUGGGGUUUGCCUUGGAGGCUGGAGGAAUAGAUUUGGGGAGGUGACCCUGUAAGGACAGUGCUGCCUCUUGGCUCAGAAAAGUAAGAUUCUGGCUUUUUGUUCCUGUCCCCUCAACUGAUCCCAACUUGUGAACUAGAGAAGCCUUGUUGGGGGUUUUUUCACUUUGAAUCCUAUUUCAGGGUUUAUGAGCAUAAACAGUUAUGCAGUGGGGAGCUACAUUUUCCACACUGAGUGAGCUAGAUUAUCUUCCCCCACCCACCCAC